GUCACACGCAAGGCACGAUGGCAGAAAAGAAUCGGCCGGCAGGUAGUAGCAGUAGUACGUACGGUGGUGGCCCAGUCGCAAGCUCCAACUAUACGAGUGGCUACGAUAGCAGUAGAAGUAGUAGCAGUAGUAGUAGUAAAAUGAGCACGUGGACGAGCACCCAGCAGCAAAGUAACGGUAGAGGUAACAGCGGCGAACCAACGAUACCUCGGGCAACGCUCGGUCACUCGGGCUGGUCGUCAACCCCGAAGCUUGAUAGGUCGUCCAGCAGCGAGGACGCCUCUUCCACGUACUACAGCAACACAGAGCAGCUGCUCGUCUCGAACAGGAGGCUGGACAGGUCGGAGGUGACCAGCGGUGGUGCGAGCAGCACCGAGUUCGAGGAGAGCAGUGAAUCCUCGGCGUCUGAAGAUCAGCAACAGCAGGAGGAUAGCAGUAGUUCACGCGAGGGAGCCUACAGCGAGACGAGCGCACUCGAGGCUGAGCUGCUCCUGGGGUACGGUGCUGCGUCGUCGGCCUUUGACGUGGUUCUCAACGCCAGCCUCGUUACCGACAACAAUCGCAACUUUAGCGAGUGGAACGCCAGCUUGUACAACGAGACCUACAUACUGGAGGGCGGUCUGCCUUCGGGCUACGCGCUGCCCCAGAUCAUAAUAGCCGGGUUCGUGGUCACGAUACUCAUGUUCAUCAUUGUGGUGGGUAACAUGCUCGUUAUAAUAGCCAUAGCGACGGAGAAAGCCCUAAAGAGCAGUCAGAACUGGUUCAUAGCCAGUCUGGCGGUGGCCGAUUUUUUUCUCGGCCUGGUGAUCAUGCCUUUCUCGUUGGCCAACGAGAUCAUGGGCUACUGGAUAUUCGGGUACUGGUGGUGUGACAUACACUCGGCGAUGGACGUACUGCUCUGCACCGCGAGUAUCAUGAAUUUGUGCCUGAUAAGUCUGGACAGGUACUGGAGCAUCACCCAGGCGAUCAGUUAUCUCAAGAAACGCACCCCAGCCAGAGCUGCGCUUAUGAUCACCCUCGUUUGGAUACUCUCGGCCGUCGUGUGCAUACCACCGCUGCUCGGUUGGAAAAGGACCGCGCCCGAAGAGGAGUACCCCAAGUGCAAGCUGUCGGAGGACCUCGGCUACGUACUCUACUCCGCCCUGGGCAGCUUCUACAUCCCAUCGUGCAUCAUGGUCUUCGUGUACAUACGCAUAUAUUACGAGGCGAAGGCGCGCGCCCGUCGUGGGAUACGGAAGAAGUACAGGCCACGGCCCGCGGCUCCGGCGCCCGCGUCGCCCAACAUCCGGCAGACGAGCUUCACGCACACGACCAGCAGCAUCGGAUCGGGUUCAGCUGACAACAAGCAGGGCUCAGCGCCCGCGGAGAACGUCGCCACCAUCGAGAGCCAACCCGUCCAGAUACCCAUUGUUACCUGCGACCUAGCGAGCGACGUCAGCACCUCGGAGGCUGAUCCUGCGACUGGCAACAUACCCAUGGAUGAGAAGGAAACGCUUAAGGUGACGAUGCCGUUGUCGAUGCCCAAGUCGAUCCUAAAGAGCUCGUUGUCGGUGAACGGUGGCGAGGGCGCGUCAACCGGGAUGCCGGCACGCUGCCGGGCUCCGAGCGUCGGCAUCGACGUCGACAUGAUCUCGGAGUUGGACCCCUCGUCCUCGGACAGCGGCGUGGUGUCCCGUUGCGCGGUGGUCAAGCCGCUGAAGCUGCGCUUCUGCAAGCCGAUCUUUGGGCGCAAGGCGCUCGACAAGAUGCGCCAGCAGGAGCAGCACCACCACAAUCAGCACGUGCAGUUCGACCAGAAGGAGGUGGAGGCAAAGUCCCAGAAGCCGAGGGACCCGGAGCGCGAGAAGCGCCGGCUAGCGAAGAAGAAGGAAAAGAGGGCGACCCUCAUACUCGGCCUCAUCAUGGGCAGCUUCAUAGCUUGCUGGCUGCCCUUUUUCUUCCUCUACAUCAUGAAGCCGCUCUUCCCGGACCUCGAGAUACCCGAGCAGGCCUUCGCCGUCGCCUUUUGGCUCGGAUACAUGAACUCGGCCCUCAACCCCGUCAUCUACACCGUAUUCAACAAGGACUUUCGCAGGGCCUUUCGGAGGAUACUCUUCAAAUAGCCAAGCUAUUAACUGGCAUUCGCUCGCUGGCUAUG